UUGGGGCAUAUUAACUUUGAGAACUCUCUAAAUGUUAUUACACAAGACAAUCAUCAUGAUGAUAUCGUUUAAGUGUAUAAUAUCUUUCAUAUUUACAGAAUUUCCUUCUCUUUGUUUUUUGUCUAAAUUUAGAAUUGUUUGGUCAUUGACAGUGAAACUACUUGCUCAGUUUUAAUACUGACUAUAAAACGAUUAAUGAAUGAAACAAAAGUAUAUUUCGGUAAACGGGAAUGGAAACACAAGACAGGGACCGUUUGAGAAAGUACAGAAUUGACAUUAUCAAUAAUCUUGAAGCUGGCGAUAUUUUAGACUACCUUCAUGAAGAUGAAAUACUGACGAAUACGGAUUGUGAACUAAUUUUUAGUGGUAAAACGAGAAAAGAACGCUCAAGAUUACUGAUCGAUACAAUUACAAGACGUGGUCCAAAAGCUUACAGCUCUUUUACACGUGCUCUAAACCUAUCAAAGUAUGAGUAUAUUUGUGCGAAAAUCACCUGUGGCCAAUGCAAGUGUACUAAAAUAUAUCCGAGGCAAACAUUCUCAAAAGAAAUUAAGAACUCGCCCAAUAGUUCAGAAUCUAUGCAUGAGAUUAGAACCUUGAUUUUGGAAAAUGUUGAACCAAUUGAUAUUUUAGAUAUUCUGUAUCAGGAGCAUGUUCUCUCUGAGCACGAGUACGAACUUGUCCAAGAAUGUAAAACAAGAAAGUCUAGAUGUUCCAAAUUGUUAUACCUGCUUUCGCUAUGCCAUCAAGAUAUACUCAUUCCAGUGUUGAAGGAGGCAUUUAAAUCCAAAUAUGAUUUUAUUAACACGACCAUCAACCAAACAGUAGAAGAGGGUAAAUUUAAAACCAAUGAAUUGCAUUUCGAAAGUGCAGAUAUUUGCAAACAUACAUGUAUUACAUGCCAUGAUUGUGAUACGAAAUAUAUGAGAGAUCUUUCUUGCAAAAAGUGUGUAGGGCGAAUAUCAUAUGCUGACUGCAACUGUUUCACGGCGGAUGCAUCCUUCAAAACUUCAGCAUUAGAUAAAAGACAUAACCGUCAGUUAGUGUCAAAUCAUUCGAAAUGUUCGACUACGCAAAUUUGCCGACCAAGGCAUUCACGAAACCGACAGAGACCGUACAAAAAGUCUUCAUCGCUUUUACCGUUACUAUUAUCAGACACAGAUUCCACAUCUAGUGUCAUGACAAAUAUAAGAUCGUGUUUUCCGUCGAAUUGGAAGGAGAAUUCGAAAUCGAGAAAACUUUUCAUUUUAAAAAACUUGUCAACACGGCCCCCUUUAGAACAACACCAACAUUUACUCGUGGCUUUCAACUAUUUGAGUACAUUAAUAAACGAGGGCAAAUUUGAUAUUUUUCAGUGUUAUUGCGAUGAGUUAAAGCAGAAAUAUACCGACGACUAUGAUCUUAACUGUUUGAUCCUGUAUUUACAGGCAAGUAGAGAGCUUUUUAAAGCAGAUUCUGAUAAGGCAAAGAAACUGAUAAGUAACGCACUCGAAAUCGUUCCAAAGACUUCUAAUCCUCAGUACUUCACAACAGGAUUGUUAUCUGCAAAAUCUAGAAUGUUUUUAAGUAAGAGACAGUUUGAAAAAUUUCAAACAACGAUUGAUGAUGCUAAAAUGAUCGUUGAGUCAGAACCUUUGAGCUACACUGGUCAUGCAGCUGGCUGGUUGUAUCUAAAUGAUGCUAGAUAUUCUGCAAUUCAAAUUGGGUGUAUCAAUUUCCAACAGAGAAAUUCGUCUAGGGCAUGUAAACUGUUACAUAUCAAGGCCAAAAACAGUUUUAAGAAAUCGAUAUGUCAUUUUCAGAGAGAUGUCGGAAAGGACGGUCCUUUUGGCUUUGGAUAUGCAUUAUGUCGUUUGAUAAUUUUGCUUCUUCGAUGUGGUGAUAAUGGGCGAAUGAUGAAUAUAUUACACCCUUCAAGUGUUGAUAUCAAUACCGCAGCGAAGUAUCUGAAUCUUUUGGAAGAUUGUAUAAAAGAUAUGCCAAAAAUGUUGAAAAUGCAUUUACAUUUAGCAAAGAGUGAUUAUUAUUUUAGAAUUAAAAUGCCACAAUUAGCACUGCAGUAUGCAACAUCUGCUCACAAACUCAGCAAAGAUUUACAAAUGUUAGAAUUUUCUGAACAUGCAAACAACCGAAUUAUUGAAUUGAAUGUUAUCCACCGCUUGCCUUGAUCCGAAACAAAAAAAAUGAAUAUCGAGAAGUAUUGUGCAACUUUGUAUUCAAGCAUUGUUUACAUUAAAUUUUACGAACAUGGGUAGUUAUAUCAAAUAAACGCUUCCGAAAUGUCUGUACUGAAUCAAAUAAAGUUGUUUUCUGUUA